CAACCCAUGGGAACUGGGAAUGAUACUCUGAUUUCAGAAUUUCUUCUUCUGGGAUUAUCAGAGGAACCAGCACUGCAGCCCCUCAUAUUUGGGCUUUUCCUCUCCAUGUACCUGAUCACUGUGUUGGGAAACCUGCUCAUCAUCCUGGCUGUCAGCUCAGAUUCCCACCUCCACACACCCAUGUACUUCUUCCUCUCCAACCUGUCCUUGGUGGACAUUGGUUUCACCUCCACCACCGUCCCAAAGAUGCUGUGGAACAUCCAGACACAGAGCAAAACCAUCACCUAUGCAGGCUGCAUCACACAGAUGUAUUUUUUUCUACUCUUUGGAGGACUGGAUGACUUCCUUCUAGCUGUGAUGGCCUAUGACAGGUAUGUGGCCAUCUGCCACCCCUUGCACUAUAUGGUGAUCAUGAACUUCCGGCUCUGUGGACUGCUAGUUCUAAUGUGCUGGAUAAUGGUUGUCUCCUUAUUUUAUGGUACAAUCCUAGGAGUGUAUCUCAUAUCUGCUGCUACCCGCAGCUCACAUUCAAGUGCUGCAGCCUCAGUGCUCUACACUGUGGUCACACCCAUGCUGAACCCCUUCAUCUACAGUCUCAGGAACAAAGACAUAAUGAGGGUUCUGAAAACAUUCUUUGGGAUGGCAGGUACCAAGGGUCCAAUCAUCCUGGAGUAA